AUGCAAGAUAACAAAGAAAUCCAGCUGCAGCAGCAGCAGCAGCAGCCCAGGCCGCGGGGGGUUCCGGAGGGACCGGGCGCCCAGCAAGCUGCGCCCGCUCAGUCCGGUGGCCCGGCCACCCGUGCGGCCGCCGUGGUCGCGGCCGCCGCCGUCACCCUGGCGUCCCUCCUUGGCCCGGUGUCCCUGCCGCCGCCGCUCGCGCCCGCGGCGGCGGAGGCGCGCGCGCGGCUGACGCCGGAGGAGCAGCUGACGGUCGACGUUUUCAAACGCAACGUGCCGUCGGUUGUCAACGUCACCAACCUCGCGGUCAGGCGGGACGCGUUCACCAUGAACAUGCUGGAGAUCCCCCAGGGCGCGGGCAGCGGCUUUGUUUGGGACGAGAAGGGGCACGUGGUCACCAACUACCACGUCAUCCAGGACGCCAGCGACAUACAGGUGACGGCGCUGGGCGGUGACGAGUACAGCGCGCGCGUCAUUGGCGUCGACCGUGACAAGGACAUCGCAGUGCUGCAGGGCCUGGAUAUGUAG